AUGUCCUCUCAACAACCUCCUAUUCAAUCACGUGGGUGGCGACCCAGGCUUGUAUCUCUCACCUCCAGAGGCAAAGAGCCAGACGUCCCACACCAAGCGUCCCGCGCCACAUCCGUUCGAGGAAAGCAGUCAUCUUUGGACGAAGGCUAUCUUACCGACGUUGAGUCAUCGGCGCUUCGCAAAUCUUCCUCACCACAACGAUCGCCGUCCCAGCAAAAAUCCAACGGAGCUGCCGAGCGUCCACCUGUUCCACCGCUUCCUCCGGCCGUGAAGAGCAACCAACAACCAGCAUCUUUCAUGUUUCGACCACGCCGGGCUACCCCCGAUGCAGACGGUGGAUACAACACGGAUGGUACUGCAGCACGCUCGCAUCGCCGCACUCGGACCACCGAAAAUCCUAGAGCGUCUACCCCAAAUCCCUCGGGGGGUCGGGCCGACAGUCGUGCAGCGCUACCCCCACUUCCCCUACUCCCCAUACCGAAGCGCAAGACGGUACAUCCACCUUGCCUGUCUGACUCGGAGACGGAACGCCUUGGAAAUGCUCCUGCGUCCCGCCUGUCUGGGUCACGUAAUGAUCGAGAAAUGCAGCUCCUAACCUGCAUUCCUUAUCCUUUGAACCCGUUCGAUGAAGAAGCGCGCAGAGUAGAAAAAUACAUGUAUUGCGCCGCAUAUUACACAAAGCCUCCUUAUGUGAAGCGUCAUUAUCGAGGCCCCUCUUUCUUGGAAUAUCGCCGCAACAAAGGUCCGCGAAAUGCUCUAGAUAUUGGCAGCGGCUACGGCUAUUGGCUUCGCGACGCAGCGGCUUCUUGGCCGGAUACCAGAUUUGUUGGAUUUGAUGCAUUCGAUUUGCCGCUCGUCGAAAUGACCGUUGAGCAGUUGAAGCGAAUAUCGUUCAGGCAGGGCAAUCUGCUUGAUUCUGUGCUUCCUUUCCACCGCGGUGAAUUUGACUAUGUCCGUCUCGCAAACAUGCGCCUCGCCAUUCCGGACAAAGCGUGGCCGAGUGUACUCAUGAAACUUUGCAAUCUUAUAUCAGAAAAUGGGAUACUUGAGAUUCUGGACGAUGGCUGGACAUUCCUCGGUACCCGGUACAAUGCAAAUAUGGCUACCUUCAAGAUGAGCUAUGAGGAACAUGUCCAGUUCAUGCUGAAUGAGCGUGGUUUCCAGCAGGCAAUUGAAGCGCCUCGGCACUUUCAACGACUCGUCGAAGCGCCGUUGAGUAACAUCGAGCAUAUGCACCCCCUGAUACGGAACAUGAUCUCGAUCGUGAAUACGGACCCGAAGCUCGACUGGCGCUGGCGAAAGACACUUUUCCUAGCCGAAGAGGCCGUGCGUGAUACGUUGCUGCCGAUUGUUGCGCGUACACAGCCAGACUCGAGUAGUUCGGCUCCGCGCAUGACAGCCCAGGAGAAGCACGAUUUGUUCUCACAGGACGUGGACGAUCUGGUAGGGCUCUUGAAAGUGACACCCAGCGUGCACAGGUACCAACCCUCUUCUUUCCACUAUCUUGUGUACCAGCGCAGAACGCGGUCACAGUAAAUGUGUACGUGUCCUCAAAAGGACCGUCACGAUAGACUUUCACGAAUAUGCACCUUCUAAGAUGUCUAGUACCAUGCAACCC